GCGGCUCAGUCCGGUCGCCAUGAUUCCUGUGCAGAUGUUUUCAGAGCUCAGACUGAGGAGAUUUGACGCUAAGCUAACGGCCUGAAGCUCUGCACUUAAACCAGUUUCAAUGCACUCAUCGACGUUAUAGAGAGAUACCAGAGUCUCCAAGAUAACAUACAGUCUUGGGUUAUGGCGACCAAUGCCGGGGAUGAUGAGUUUGAUGAAUAUGAUAAGCCUGGUGCUGAAAGGUCAAGAAGACGGAGAGGAGAAGAUGACUACUUGGAAAGUGAUUUGGAGGAGGGAGACUUACUUGAAGAAGAUUGGCUGUCAUCAAAAAAGAACCCCUCAGAGAUGUCAGAUGAAGAGCUAAAUGAUGACCUCUUACAAAGUGAUGAAGAGGACCAAAACGCAAGUGGUCAGGGUGAGGUUGUGAGUUUAAAUGCCACACUGGGUCUGGGCACGUCUGGUCACCUUCAAGAUGAAGACCCUGAUGGAGGUGGAUAUACUGAAUACGCCUAUGAAGAGACAGAGGGCGGCCAACCGGGUUUCUCUCAGGGUGGGGAGUAUGAAGGAAAUGAGUACCAAGGAGAAGAUGGAGUGGUGGAAUACACAGGAGACCAGAACUGUGAAGAAUAUCAAGAUGAAGUGCUGGAACUACAGAUCGACGAGCCACUGGAUGAUGACUUUCAAGUGGAUGAAUACCCGACUGAGUAUAGGGAAGAGCAGACUGACCGACAGGAAGUGCCUGAGGAGGAGGAGCAUGAAGAGGAAACUGAGGAGCAGGACAACUCUCAGGUCACAGAAUUAGAGGAGGUGGAGAAUGAAAACGAUCCAGAAGCUGAGGCUGAACCGGACGCCGAUGUGAAGGAGGAGUCUGAUGAGGAAGAGGAAGAUAUUGAAGAAUCUGGCCGUCUGCGAUUUAAGACCGAGCGCAAAGAUGACACAGUGGUCAGACUGUCUGAUGCCACCAGUAAAAGGAGGAACAUCCCAGACACAUUAGAUUAUGCAUCAGUUUUAGAUGAUGGUGUGUUGACUUGUGUCUUGUCUUGUCGCACCCUUGUGGAGUGGCGUCAGUUUGCUUUUGAAUUCACUCCCAGUCACAUGGCUCUUAUGAUUGAUUACUUGAUUAAAGGGGUCGUCUUGAGAGUCAAGCAGCAGCUCAGAAUGACUCCUCCGCUUCAGCAUUACCACCAUCAGUCUCGUCUGCCUGGUCCGAGAGGCAGUGGAGGUCCCGGGCUAUUCCCGGAUCCAGGUACCCCAAUUCCUCAGCAGCCGCUGCAGCUGAUGAUGCCUCGCCUCGCCCACCAUUCCCCAGGGCCCAGAACACAACACGACACACACGUACCAUGCUUGUUGAACUCGCCGCCGCGGCACUCACGCGCACAUCCCAACCAACACCAGCAGCAUCAACAGCAUCACCCCAAGAACAUUCACAUCAACCCUCACUUCAGAGGACCCUCCUCCUCACCUGUGCAAGUUCCCUCAAUGCCUCAUGUGCAGAACCAACCGAGGCCUAACAUCGCUCCACAGAGACUCCCGGCUCCUCCUGAUUUCCAGCAGCAUCUCCAAGGGAAUUUUGGCCCACCUCAACGGUCUCUGCCCCCCCAGGAUCAAUGGAGAGGACCACCACCACAUCAUCAGGAUCCAGAGCACUUCUUCCCUGGUGAACCACGUUUUUCAGGCCAGCACAUGUUUGACCAGCCAGGCCCUGCCCCCCUCAUGAAUAACAGUGUUCUUUCGAUAUCGGGCCACGGCCCUCCAUCGUUCCCCCCGCAAGCGGGGCUCGGAAGUCCUGGAUUUGGUUCUCUGGGGCUCAGGCAGAACCAAGGGCCUCAGGGAGGAGGUAUGUUCCAGAGAGAGCCCCCUCGGCUGGGUCUGGCCCUGCAGCAUGGAUGCCCUCCAGGCCCCUCUGGUCCCCAUGGCUUUGUGGGUCACAGACAGCCCUUCUCGCCCCAACAGCAGGGACCCCCCUUUAGCCCCCAGCACGUGCAAUUUGGUAUGCAGGUACGCCAGAGAGGUCUAAUGCAACAGCCCCUGCACCAUGAUCUGCCACUAUCCCAUCAACCCUUGCACCAGCAACAGCAGCACCAGCAACACAGACAGGACUUGCCCCCCCAGGGUCUGCCUCACUCCCAGCCUCCACCCCAACACCAACAGCACCACCAACACCACCCAAGGGACCAAGAUCCCAUGGUGCACCUCUCCCAGCCCCACUUCCGCCAGUCGAUUCAGAGUGGAAACAGACAAAUGCAGUCCCGACCACAAGGCAACCAGCAGCGAAACAACCAUGCCAGACCCAAAAUGACGCCGCUUCCACCACUGCAGCAGAUUCCUCCUCAACGCAACAGCAAUCUCCGUGAGCUGCCCAUUGCCACGAGCAACAAUAAUAACCGCCCGUCAGUGCCUAGUGGGCAAGCAAAGCCUGUUACCAGGGCAGCACAGAAUGUUAGGCAAGGGCAGGCUGCUCGUGCUGGACCAGCAGGAAGGGGAGGAUCUGUGGCACAAGGGCUGGGAGCUGCCAAAGCACCAGAGCAGACCAGUGUGCCUGAGAUGAAGAAAGAGGGUCCAGCUGACCCAGAUGAAGAUGAGGAGACACGUCAGUACAGACUGAAGAUUGAGGAACAGAAGCGUCUGCGAGCGGAGAUCCUCAAGCGCAAAGAGCAACGCAGGCAGAUGCAGGCUGGGAUGCGCAAAAAAGAACUGAUGGAACGGAUCAGUGGCCAGAACCCAAACCAGACUCCACAAACUCCGAUCCCCACACCCAACCCAACCCCAGCAGCCCAGCCCCCACAGCCGGUCCCUUCACUGAUCUCUAACGGAACCCCCCAGAACCCUUCGACAGGUCUUAGUUCCCCUCGUCCAACUGUGAAGGCCCGUCUGCAGAACACUAAACCUCUGGCACAGACUUCAGGUUGGUCUGGGCCGCAGAAGCAACAGAGCGCUGGUCCUGAUGCCAGCCAGCAGGGCCAAUGGCAACCGCAGCAGAAGAGGACCAUGACCCCACAAAACUCUCAAAGACAAGGUGCUGCUCAGAUCAGCCCAUUAGAAGAGCCAUUGGGUCAGCCUCAACCUGGAGGAAAGAGAACAGUGAUGCAAAGAGCGAGCAGCACCGAAUCUCCACAGGUUCCACAGAAAGUGCGGGUAGUUAAGCGUCUGGGAGAGCAGGCAGAUGCCGGUCCCAACACUGGUCCCCCACAGCAGCAGCAACAACCAAUUGCUCGGCCUGCCCCCCAACAGAGACUUGGUCCCAUCAGAAAAGUUACCAUGGCAACUGGUGGUGUACAAAAUCAACAACAGGCUGGCCGUGGCAUGGCAAACCAAACGAACCGGGUGGUAGUUCGGGGUCGUGCGCGAGGCCGUGGUGGGGGGCGUGUGAUGAUGCAGCAGAACCCAAGAGCUCAGGAUUGUCAGAGAAGCACUGUCUGCAUUGAAGGUUUAUCCACCACCACAACCAACAAACAGCUCACGAACCUUCUCAACUCCAUUGGCCCUGUUGAGAUGUUUACAAUGUUGCCGGAGCAGCGGAAGGCCAUUGCCAAGUUUGUGAACCCUCAGCAUGCAGCAAGUUUUCAGCACAGCUUUCACAGGCACAUGAUAGAUUUGUCUCACAUCGAUGUUUCCAUUAUUGAUGGCUGAGGAACAAGCCACUUCAACAGACAAGACAACAAGAAGUGAGCAAGAAGAGAACGUCUUUUUCUGAAAGACAGACACACAAUCAGAAGGCUAAAGCUUUGGAAGCUGUGUGGAGAGUGCUGUCGACAAACUCAAGCCACAUGCAUGAAAGAAUCCAAAACAAAGAGCCAAACACCAGCUGUGUCCUGCUGGAUAUGGCACAGCACUGAACUCACAUUGUCAAUGACUUUGGCAUGAAGUCUUGCUCUUGUUUCUGUACUUUCAUUUAUAUGUGGAGGGAUCAGUAAUGGUCUGAACCAGCAGGUGAAAAGAGAGAAAAAGGUAUGAAACCAGGACAUUUUUAUUCCAGUUGAUAAUAGUUGCUCCCAUCCUCUAGCUCUCAAGAUAAUCUUUUGGAUGUCUGUAUUUGGUCAAAUAGGAAUUCUUGAUUUAUUGUGGAAUUUCCACAGUCAGUGACUUGAACAAAGUGUUAAAGGGGUGGUUUGGCCUGAUUGAAUAAUAUUGCGCAUGCUGCGGUAGGUUUUGUCACCUGUAGAGGGCAGCAGAUGUCUUCGGUAUGGAGCUCUGUAUGUUGGGGCAUAGCUAAGGACAUGUGGACAUCAGAGAGAAAAGCACUGCUUGUUAUGAAACUUCAGGGGCAUAUUUGGGUUGAGCUUUUUUCUAAUUGUGUAUCUUUUGGAAGCCACUGUGAUAAUGCAGGUGUCUCUUUUUUUGUACAUUUGUCUACGACUAUUCAUGAUCUUAAGUUUAUUCAUUGUCCCUUCCUCCAUUAUGAUUGUAUUGCAGUUGGGUUUUGUUCUGCAGAGCUGGAGUGGUGGUUCACGACACGUGUCUUUGGGACCUAAAGACAGCUGAAAAACAAUUUUGACAAUAAAUGGCUUUUAUAUUUUGAUUUUAGGUUUUGGUGCUGGAAUUGCAUAUUUAGAUUCUUUUAAUCGUUGUUAGAAAUGGCUUCUAAGAAAGUAGUAAAGGCAACCAGAAAGUCCCCUCCUUUGGUAAUACUACUUUUUAAUGUGUUUAGUUUUCUUUCCUCAGAGUUCAGCACAUGUUGUGUGUGGAAGAGGACGACUGAAUCAUGGCCUGUGUGAUGAUUCGAUAGGAUUUUAUUGUAGGUUUUGAUGGAGCUCUGUUUGCUUACAUUAAGGUGCGGGAUGUCUAGAGCACUAGAUGAGUUUGAACUGUCCUGUUUACAACAACAGCUUAGUUAUUUGUUUGUGAAGAGAGAUAUUUUGGACUGUUUGUAAUAAUAUGCUUAUAACUUUGGCUCCGUUAAUUGUUUAGAAGUUUGUCAGAUGGGAAUACAGGUUACUGAAUCUGAAUUGUGAGUUGUUAGGGAUAAGGAUUGGUCAAGAUCAGCUUCUAAUAUCCGUUAUCUCCAUUUUCCACUUUAUUUUUCCAUUUAUUUAGUAAGUUGUUACCCAAGCUUUAGAUUU